AUGGAAACCCAAACCCCCAGACUCCGGGUAGCUGUGGUCGGUGCUGGCAUCGCGGGAUGCUGUCUAACUAUAGGGCUCUCCCGCAACCCGUUACUUGAUGUACAUCUCUAUGAGGCCUAUCCAGAUGUUAGUGUUCGCGGCGCAGGCAUUGCGCUUCACGGAAAUGCCAUCAAAGCAAUGGACUCAAUCUCACCGGAGAUCAAGAAGGCAUACUUCAAAAAGUCCCAUUUCAUGGCCAACGAGGAAGACAUAGAGAUGGCAACUCAGAUCAUCGUUGGGAGCGGGCAUAAUGCUGGAACUCUUGUGGCAGAACUGGGCAGAGCAAAAGGAAGAAGAACCAUUCAUAGGGCACACUUUAUCCAGGGCCUUCUCGAGGACAUCAUCCCUGAACACCGCGUUCAUUUUGGGAAACGCGCGGUAAGCAUGGAAGAGAACGGAAACAUAGGCACCAAUACAUCUAAGGUUGCUGUCACCUUUGCAGAUUCCGCGGUUGAGGAAUUCGACUUGGUGUUUGGCGCCGAUGGCGUCAAGAGUAUUACUAGAAAAUUCAUCCUGGGCCCUGAUCACCCGACAGCGGAAGCAGUCAAUCAUGAUAACUGGCAUUGCUUCAAUAUCCUUGUCCCGAUGAUAGAAGCAAAGAAGGUGGUUCCUAAGGAGUCAAUCGAGAAUGUCCGAAUGUUCUGCACGCCUAUUGGGUAUGUCAACGGCCUUCCUGUGGAUCUAGGAAAGACAUACAGCAUCUCCUGCUACCAGAGGGAUAGCAAGCGACGUAACCGUGAGAGAGCUGGGUUUCAUGCAGACGAAUGGAAGGAUUUCUGCCCUGAAGUCACCUCGCUAGUAUCGCUUCUCGAAAAAUAUCCAAAUGAUUAUUGGGAAAUCUUGGAUCAUGACCACGCAUCCACCUAUUACCGUGGUCACGUUGCUAUAGUUGGCGACGCGGCACAUGCCACGGCUCCUCACGCUGGCAACGGUGCCGCCCAAGCCAUCGAGGAUGCGGCGGUCCUCGCCGGAGUCUUUGCUGAGGUCAAGUCGAAAGAUCAUAUCGACACAGCUUUGAAAGCCUUCGACCAGAUUCGUAGACCAAGAAGCCAGAAGGUAGUUGAUAUCACGAGGCAAUUCGGCAGACUUUACAGUCUAGACGAGGAAGAGAGAGAUAUCCAGAGCAUGAAAAGCCAAAUGAGAGAGGGCGGCAUGUAUACAAAUGAAGUCGACUUGAAUGACCAUGUUGAAGCUGCAGUUUUUGUAUUUAAGGGGGCAGUUGAUACGGAUAUUUGAUUCCUGUCUCUAGGUACCUACCCAUAUCACUCAAGUACAUGAAAAUAUAAUUCCAUGAAUCUUCUUGUAUCUGUAUGACUUCUCGUGAUAA